AUGGCGGAUGAGAUGCGAGCGAUGCUCGAUCAGCUGAUGGGCAAGGAUCGGGACGUCCCGCUGGACCGGCGAGUGAUUCGGCAAGCCAAAUUUUCGGACCCCGAAGUCUGCCUGUUCCUGAACACCAAGAGCGACCUGGGCCCCUGCGAGUUUGAGCUUCACGAGGACCACCUGGACUGGGAUGCCCUCAAGGCAGACUACGACGCGCUGGCGGAGCGGGAGAAGGAGCGGUAUGGGUAUGGGCGCAACCUGCUUCGCCUCCUGCAGCGCCUGGUGGGAGACAUGGACCGCAAGAUUGAGAAGGCGCAGGAGCGGGCUCGGCUGGAGAGCAUGCCCAAGCCGCUGAAGCCAGAGCAGCAGGCGGAGGUGGAUGGGCUGCGCGCCCAGGCCAAGGCCCUGACGGAGCGCAGCGAGCAGAUGGCGGAGGAGGGGGACGUGGAUGCCAGCAUGGCGGCGGUGGCCCAGGCGGAGCGCCUGCGUGCCGACGCCGACAAGCUGGCCGCGCGGUACUCGCAGCCCGACCGCUUCAUGGAGGUGUGCGACGUGUGCGGCGUGUUCAUCCAGUCCACAGACAACGAGGCGCGGCGGCGGGACCAUUUGGAGGGCAAGCAGUACCUGGGCUGGCUGGCCAUACGGGAGAAGCACAAGGAGCUGAUGGGCAAGUAUGCGGGGGCGGCGGCAGGGGGCGGCGGCGACGGCGGCGGCCACCCUCCCGUGCAGCACAGGGAGGCGGAGGAGGGGGAGGUGCGCGGGGAGGAGCCGCGCCAGCGCAGCAAGAGCCGUGACGAGGAGCGGGACCGCAGGCGGCGCAGCCGCAGCCGGUCGCGCGACCGCAGGCGGUACGAUGACCGGCGGAAUGACGACAGGCGGCGGUACGAUCAGGACAGGGGCUACGACCGCGGCGGCAGCCGCGGCUAUGGAGCCAUGCCGCCGCCGGAUGCGUAUCGCGGCCGCGGCGGGCGGUACUGA